CUGUUUCUUUUCGCAUUCGCAGCAUGUGAGCUAUGUUUCGACGAAUAGCUAGCUCUGUCAUUGCUGUAAAUAACACGCGUUACUCUAUAAAGUAAUUGACGUCAUCGAAGAUUUUUCAUCUUCAAUACGCGAUCAACUGUCUGGUCGACUGUAGUUUAUAAUCAGUUCGAGAAAUGUGCGGUCCAUCGGUAUUGUUAAUUUUGAUACUAGUAUCAUCAAUCGGUACUGCUAUCGCAGCUUCGACUGUCAAGUCAUCCAAGUCGGCAUUGGCCACCGCCAGAUCUGCACCAAAUAACAGUCCUGGGAAGGUAAUAACUUUUCGGCAAAAUUUUGAAAGUGUUGAGGACAAAUGCACAUGUGUCGCCUUCCACGAAUGUGACGAUGAUACGAAUACGAUAAUUAAUGUGCCAGCGGUGGAUGGUCGAGAAGGAUGCAACGGCGAUCAAGUCUGCUGUAGACCAAAAAACCCACCAUCAUCACCGCCACCUUCAUUAGCAUCCAAUAAUUGUGAUGAUGCUUGCAUUUGUGUAAUUUUCUCGCAAUGUAGUAUCGAUUACGAAUCACUACCAGUAUCGCACACAGAUGGAGAGAACUUUGAAAAUAUAUCCAAUCCUCAGUUAGCUGCGAGCCACCAGAUUUCUGUUGUCCACCAUGCAAUAUAAGUCGAAGCAUUACAUAGGUACCUAAUGUAUAAAAUCGUAUACAUUAUCUCGUACUAAUAUUUUAUACAUAUAAACGUAUUUAGUGACGAUUAUGUGCAGUAAUUAAACAACCAAUUAUUGUGUGUAUUCGAGUGCCAUUCUGACUUGUAUAAAUUCGUUCAUGUAAAUAUACACUGAUCUCACUUGAGUUUUAACAA